AUGGAUGAUAUUGGUUUCUAUAUCGACGAGCGUCUGAUAGAUUUGCGAGGCUGGUUGAUCGCACUUGAGGUAUGUAAACAGGGAGUUGGGACAGGAAGUCGCAUACCGCCGCACCGUUCACAGGUCAGCAAUAGUAACUUGUCAAUCAAGAAGCAACGAAGGCUACUUUCCCUUGGUGAGACGCCACACCAGGCAUAUCAUCGAUGGUAUAAAAAGUAUGGAGACAUUUAUAGUUGUCGACUGGGUACUGAGCUAGUCAUUGUUUUAAACAACGCAGAAGUUAUAAAGAAGUCUUUCUCUGAAGAUUCUCUCGCCGGAAGACCACCAAAUUGGACUCUGGCAAAAAUCAGCAACCGGAAAGGAGUAUUUGAUGCACCCACACCGAUGUGGCAAUAUGUGAGGAAGUUUACAAUUCUUGCUCUUCAGAAAAUGGGAAUGGGAAAGACAAAGGGAGAACUGUUGAUUCAAGAAGAAUGCGAUUUUCUGAUAGAGGCCCUUCGACAGACAAGUGGUAUUCCAACAGACAUCAAUGGUACUUUAACUCGUGCUGUGGCAAAUAUCAUCUGUCGGAUGUUACAUGGGACACGAUUUGACUAUGACAAUCAAGAAUUUAAGGAUCGUCUAAAGAUGACGAGAGAUAUCGGUACCCAAUUAAUGGAUUCAAGUUUGGCAACCUUUAUUCCUCUCCUUUGGGCUCUACCAUCAAAGCAACGUCGCGAGUUACAAAGCCAACGAGAUUGUAUUGGUUCAGACUUGGCACGUAUGGAAAUAUUUCUGUUUUUGAGCAGAAUGAUUCAGGAGUUUGAAUUCAGAUUCCCAACUGAUCGUCCCAAACCAUCGAUGGCUGGACGCUUUGGAAUCCUCAAUCUAGCGCCUGCAUAUGACGUCAUUGUGAAGAAACGAGUGAUUGGAACAUAG